GCCUCGCACAGAUACAAGCCAGCAGUGCUUCGGCUCAGGUAAAUGAUAAUAAAUGUGCAGUGUGGUAUUCUGGGGCAGGAGAUAGUACCUGGGAAGGUGUGUCACAACAUUCCUCUCAUGACUAACAAGAAAGGGGUGUGUCGCCUGGUUUUGGAAGGUGAAGUUCUGCCUCUAAGGAAAAGGUGCCCCCACCUUCCUGUGUGCCAAUACAUGUCUGAAGGAGAUCAUGCAGUCUUGCUUCACUUGCCAGCCAGCAGAGGAGGAGGCACCCAGGCAGGCACACACAAUAGUGUCACGCAGGGGUGCCUAUACAGCCACUCUGGGAAUAGACUCAGAGGUUCUCACACCAGGCUGAGCUGCAAGGUCUAUGUCAUGGAGGGAGUGGAAAACCCAAGUUUUUCCUGUGCCGGUGAGGUCGGGCUAAAAGACUUGGAUAGCAAAAAAGUGGAGGAGCCAGAAUCCUCUCCAUCACUGGCCGUAGCUUCAGGGGAAGAGUAUAAAGAAGGACCAUGUGGAUGGGGCAGCUUCACCCCAAGCUGUGUGCAGUGCUGCAACAAUCCCAAGGGCUACUUGGUUAUGUACAGCCUUCUGGCCGUCAUGCAAGGCACUGCGGUAAAUGGUUUGGUGAAUGUUGUUAUUUCCACAAUAGAGAAGCGCUUUGACUUAAACAGUUCCCUGACUGGAUUAAUCGCUGCCAGCUAUGACAUUGCAUUUUGCCUUCUUUCACUUUUUGUGUCUUUUUAUGGGCAGAGAGGGCAUAAACCUCGAUGGCUUGCAUUUUCAGCUUUGAUGAUUGGACUGGGAUCACUAGUUUUUUCAAUACCAAACUUUUUUUCUGGUAUAUAUGAAUAUGGAAACAAAGUCAGUGACUUCUGUGAAGUAUCCGGAAACUCCAGCAGCCUACAGAAUUGCUCAGCUGGAUCUUCUCAGUCCUAUUUUUUGUAUGUCUUUGUUCUGGGACAGCUUCUUAUGGGAGUCGGUGGAACUCCUCUAUACACGCUCGGAACUGCUUAUUUUGACGACAGCCUUCCACCGCAUAAAUCCUCCCUCUACAUAGGAAUAGCCUAUGGCAUGUCUGUAGUGGGCCCCGCUAUUGGAUACUUAGUAGGAGGACAGCUCUUAAACAUAUACAUAGAUAUUGAUAAAGGACAAAGCGUAAAUAUUACUGAAACUGACCCACGUUGGCUUGGGGCAUGGUGGAUUGGAUUUUUAAUUUGUGGCCUAGUGACUUGGCUACUGAUUGCACCUUUCUCUUGUUUCCCAAAACAUCUGCCUGGUACAGAAAAAAUGCAGUCUGAAAGAAUUUCCCAAGCUCAUAACAAUGGAAGUGAAAGUAUUGUGGAAAGCAAAAAUCUUGGUAAAAGUUUUAAAGAUUUCCCUUUGGCACUUCUGCUCCUGGUGAAAAACCCAGUUCUUAUCUCCUUAACAUUUGCAAGCUGCUUUGAUGCAUUUAUCACAACCGCCUUUGCAGCAUUCCUUCCUAAAUUCAUUGAAAACCAGUUUUCAUUGACCUCAAGUUUUUCAGCUAUCUUAGGAGGUGGUGUCCUAAUACCAGCAGCGGCAAUUGGACAAGUGUUAGGAGGCGUAAUUGUCUCCAAAUGUAAAUUUGAUUGCAAAAAUAUAAUUAAGUUCUCAAUUAUAAUAACCGUCAUCUCACUGGCGCUGGCAUCCGUUUUUAUUUUUGCAAGAUGUGGUAAUGAUCCAUUCGCAGGUGUAUCUGUGCAGUAUAAUGGGACUGGAAAGAUUGGAGAAUUAGAUGCCCCAUGUAACAGCAACUGUAGCUGUGCUCGAUUUUUCUAUGACCCAGUUUGUGGAUCGGAUGGAGUGCAGUAUUUCUCUAGCUGCUAUGCUGGGUGUACGUCUGUGGAAUACAAUGAUAAAGGAAAGAUAUACGGUAAUUGUUCGUGCAUUGCAAGCCACACAGGAGAAUUUGGAGUAAAUGUUACAUCACAAGCUGAACAAGGAAAAUGUGAAGCAAAAUGUAAUAACCUGAUAACAUUUAUGGUGUUUUUCUUUUUUGUGGUUGUCGCAACUUUUAUGACAGCAACGCCAAUCACUAUGGCAAUUUUAAGGUGUGUGCCAGACAAACAAAGAUCAUUUGCCCUUGGGGUGCAGUGGUCCCUAAUCCGACUAUUAGGUUCUAUCCCUGGACCAAUUGUGUUUGGGGUCGUAAUAGACAGUAGUUGUAUUUUAUGGAAUAUAAAUGAGUGUGGAGUAGAAGGAGCAUGCUGGACUUACAAAAACUCAGAAAUGUCAUUGAAUCUAGUAUUCAUCAGUGCAGCUUGCAAAGUGCUGACUAUUGCAUUUCUUUCUAUUGCAUUCUGCGUUUACAAACCUCCAUCAAAGGGUACAGAAACUUUGGAAGACUCCCUUGAGAAUCAUUGUGAAUUGUAAAAUAAACUGCAAGCCAAAAAAGUCAAGUAGUCAUGGAUAUACCAAGUAAAACAGAGUUAAUAAGUUAUACCGGAGUUCUGGAAAAAGAAACAAGGUCAAGAUAAAAGAGUAAUUAAAUAAUUGUGAAUUUUUGUAACAGAUAAAUGUAGCACAACACUAAGGGGGCCAUUUACUAAUGGUCAGAAUUUUUUUCUGAUUCGGAUUUUUUAACACGAAAAGUCACCAAAAAAAAGGGUUUUUUUUUAGAUAAUACUGCUAAAAUUCAAAUACAACAAUUCACCAGCGAGAUCAUGUAGAAGUCAAUGGCAGACGUCCCUUCCCUCGAGGAUCCUUCUUUGCUUUGAAACUUUAGAGGUUUUUGAAUUUUUAUCAGUUUCUUUUGUGUGACAGUUUGAAAAAGUCAUGGAUUUGCGACUUUUCUGUGACUUUUUCCCACACAUACUUUUUCGGUUCAGACUUUUUAGUAAAUGUCAGACAUUCAUGGAAAUUAGUUUAUUCGUAUUUUUAAAAAAUAAAAAAUGAGAAAAGUUAGAUUUGCCCCUUAGGGACACAUUUAUAAAAAUGUGAGUUUAGAGCUAAAUGUAUAAAAACUCACCCAUGUUUUGUUCAUUCCUAUGCCCCUUAGGGUGUGUUUUUUUUUAUUAUUACUCUGAAAAGAUCCGUCCCAAUUCCAAAAAAAUCCCAGUGCAACUGUUAUUCCUUUAAUGCUGUUAUCAUAAUGCAUACACUUAUGUCUUAUACAUUUAGCUGACCAAAUCCGUGAAGCUAUGUUGUUCUUAGCCAACCAAAUGACUCAGCUGGAACAAUAUCCCAAUAAUCUCUGAUCUUGUAUUGAUUGAGGAAGGUGAUUAUUUUGACCCAUACAUGCAAGUUAUUGGUAAUUAGUGAGCUUCAGUACAGAUGGAUUUAGCCAAGUUAAAAGAUAUGGAGGGGCAAACUACUUGGGUAAAUAUAGUGACCUGAUUUAGCAGUGAGAAUAACAGUAAGAGGCAAAGCUACUUGUCCCAUAAUUGCUUGUGAAGUGAAAAAACAUUCUUAAUUCCAAAAGGGCAACGAGACCAGUACCUGGACCAACUUUAUACUAACUGUCAGUGACCUUUUAUUGUCUUAUUUGCUAAAGAGCUUUUCUGAAACAAUCUAAUGUAUCUGCCAAUACAACCAAUUUUGUGGAGAAUUCCAUAACUUCACAGCUCAUUCUUUUUUCUAUGAUUUUUAAUGGUUUGUCUAGUUAAAACUCUUCUCCAACCUUCUAGUCAUCCUGCACCAUCAUCAUUGAGGUGCAGCCCAUUCCUGCAAAAGAUCCUUCAGCCAACAGAACAACCAGCUCAUUUAUUAUCUUUUAUACAUCUUACAUCUUAAGUGAUAUAAUGCCCAAGGUCCCUCUUCCCUACAAUACUUUUUUAAAGUAUCAAUCUGUUAAAGCUCCCUCCCUAAUGUCUGCCUCUCUAAUGUGGCAAAGGUAAAUAUAUUUCAGAUAUAUGUAUAACUUUAUUUAUAUUGUGCUACAAGGAAACACACACUUACAUGCAUACAAUCCAUACAAGUGGGUGGAUAACAUACAGGCACAAAUUGGAGCACACACAGUCACAAAAAGUGCACAAAGGUUUGGGCAUUGGCCAUAAAGUGCCCAGAUUGGACCAGAAAGCAGGAUCUUUUAGUUUCUUUUUGAAGAAAUUAAGAGAGUGUUCCCUACAGAGGAAUUCAGGGAUGGGAUAAGGUCCAGACUGUCUAUGGCAUCUUACAGUAACCCCUCUGGAAUUUAAAUAAUUAUUUAGGUGAUUCUUGACUUUUUUUUAUAACCCCUCACCCCAAAAACUAAAAACUUAAAGCCCCAUGUAAAGCAGAAAUAUUGAUGCCAGAAUAUACAGUAAUUGCGUACGUAUUUCAUACGCUUUCCAACUUCUGAUCUGACAAACAAAAAUGAAUAACCCCUGGGGAGAAAAGUAAAGCAGUGAUGUAAAUAUUGUAUAUUAAGAUGUAAAAAAAAAAUCUUUUAUAAUAAAGUUGUAUUUAAUUCUG